AUGAAAGCGAUUCUUGCGUGCUUCGUGUGCAUCGUUUCAAUCGUGUUUGUACAAGGAAAGUUACAGAGGGUGUCGGCCAAAGGGCGUCUCAUGUGCGGAAAUGUUCCUGCGAAAAAUAUUGAUAUCAAGCUCAUUGAUCAAGAUAUUGGCGUUGACGACCUAAUGUCAGAGACCAAAACCAAUUCUGAUGGAAGGUUCAUAUUGCAAGGACAAACAAGCGAAGCAACAACCAUCGAUCCGUUUCUGAAAAUCUAUCAUAGAUGCAACUGCCGUAAGAUUUGCCGACGACUUUUGAAAAUGAAAAUUCCCUCUUCUUACAUCGCUUCUGGCGAUAAGCGCCCAACAACGAUUGACAUCGGUACGUUGAACCUUGAAGUGGAGUUCCACAAGGAUCAGAGACAUUGUUUCUAG